AUGCCCUAUCCUCCCUAUUACCCACCAUAUCCACCUUAUCCCAUGUUUUCACCUCCACCCUUUUAUCAGAAUCUGGCAAAGCCUAACCCAGAGAGUGCUGCACCACCUCCUCCCCCACCAUCAGAACCAGUAAUUCCUGAAGCUCAACCUCCCAAACCUAACCCCUCAGCAGGGAAAAAGGUUAAAAUGACAUAUUAUCUGAAGUUGGAUGCUCCUAAGUGUAAAGAAGGGGAUGACUCGUUCGAGUACAUUAAAGCAGUGAAAAUGAUAGCUAAUGAGCUAGGGGCCAAUGACAGUAGAGCCAUUCAGAUGGCGGGGUUCACUCUAGAGUGCAAGAAGGUAAAAGAGUGGUUCAAGAAUUAUGUGGACCAAAAACUGGACGACUUAUCCUCGGAACAGUUUGCAAAUGAGUUUGCAGGAUGGGCCUUUCCAGACAAUUCGAGGGAGUUGAAGUUUGGGAGGGUAGUUUUCCUUGAGACUCAAGUUUGCUCACUGAAGUGGCCAUUUGGCUCAUUUGUUGCUCCAGAUUUUGCACCGUAUUUGCUAAGGACUUCACAAUCUCUUCAAGAGCUCUUCAUAAUCCUUUUGCUUGAUGCAACUGAUCUCUCUUUUGAUGCCAAUAGCUUUUGA